AUGGAAGCACUCGCAGCAUUAGGCGUUGCAGCUGCCGUCGUACAGUUUUUGGACUUCAGUAGCAAGCUUAUCUCGAAGGGCCAGCAGCUCUAUCAUUCUAAGAAUGGAGCUCUGAUCGAGAAUACAGAGAUGGAAGAAGCUUCGAGGAGACUGCAGGGUUUGACGGAAACGCUGCAGACUUCGGAGGAAGAUCCCGCACUUGUUGCCAUUUGUGAAUCUUGUGUGAGGAUUUCUAGAGAUGUAACUACACGCCUUGCAAGUCUUCAGGUGCCUGCUGCACAACCUCGUAAGCGGUGGAAGAGUUUUCGGCAGGCGCUCAAAAGCGUAUGGUCGAGGCAGGAAAUCAAGGAGACAAAACAGAAGCUCGAUAGCUUGAGGGGAGAGCUGAUGACACACGUUACCCUUAACAUAAGAGACAGCAUAAUGACUGUUUCUAUCCAACAAGACACUCGGUUCAGUUCCUUGGAUACUGCCACAAAACAAAUAAUGGAGGCUUUACUGGAUCUACCAAGGACUGUCCGCCAGGACAUGGACAAUCAAUUUCAGCAUCUUCUACGAAUCGAACACCUUGAGCACGGCAAAACUCGUGCGGCCUUCAUGGAUCAUAUAAGGACUCAGCUCGAUGACCAUGUUUGUCACUCAAUCAUUGAGAGCUUGCACUUCCCAACAAGAACUGUACGCCACGACAACAUACCUGAAGCGCACAAACAAACUUUCGAAUGGAUAUUCCGGGACCCUAUUGACGAUGGAAAGCCCUGGAGCAAUUUUGCACAAUGGCUGGAAACUGGAGAUGGAAUUUACUGGAUCAAUGGAAAGGUUGGAUCUGGCAAGUCAACCCUGAUGAAAUUCAUCGUGGAUCAUGAGAAGACUAGCGAAUUGCUUGGUGCUUGGGCUCCAGGUAAAAGCGUAGAGACCCCGACAUUUUUCUUUUGGAAAAAUGGACACAAGGAUCAACGGUCGCAAGGAGGCCUGCUACGAUCACUUCUCUAUGACAUUCUGCGAAAAUACCCAGCGCUCGUUCCUAUCGUGUUCCCCGAUGUGUGGACUAGAAAUUCUGAACUGGCGUCACACAGCGUCUCAUCCACACUCGACCCAUGGAGUUUGACAAAAUUGCAAAAGGCUUUUGCCCGUCUAGUAGUUUGCAAGACCAUUCGCGUAUGCUUCUUCAUUGAUGGUCUGGACGAAUAUGAAGGCGACCACGAAGAACUUGCAGCAUUUUUUGCUCAGCUAUCUUGCACUCCAAAUGUCAAAUUGUGCUUGUCGAGUCGCCCAUGGCCAGCUUUUCAAGAUACUUUCCGCAAUCACCCUGGACUCAGACUACAGGACUUGACAUGUGAUGAUAUCAGACGAUUUGUCAACGACAAGAUCAAUGGCAAUUCUAGGAUGGUGUUACUGAGGCAGAGAGAGCCAGAAAGAGCAGCAUGGUUUGUCCAAAGCCUGGUAUGGAAAGCCGAAGGAGUGUUUCUUUGGGUCACACCGGUCGUCAAAUCAUUGUUAAAAGGACUCAGCCACAAGAAUGACCUGGAAACACUUGAGAAGAGAUUGGGUUCUAUGCCACCUGAUCUCGAGAAGUUGUACAGUCACAUGCUUUCUAUGAUAGACUCUCAUGAUAUGAAGAAAGGAUCAGAGCUAUUUCAACUUUUCGAGGUAUGUGGUGUCAACAAGGACCUAGAAUUGAUAUAUUUUGCGUCAAGCAGAGAAGUGGCAGAAGUGCUGAGCACAAAGCCUGUUGUCUCAAGGCAGACAGUUGACGAGGCGCAGCAUGUUCAGUUUGACUCAAUAGUUGAGGAAAUGAGUAUCUAUCUGCAAGCUUGUUGCGGUGGGUUGAUUGAGAUAUUCCUGGAUGACCCGGAUCGUUCUUGGAGAACAGGAGAACUCACCUAUAUUCACCGCAGUGUCGAAGAAUAUCUAGCCACUCCUGAAAUAUGGAGUGGGAUUUUGAGUCAUACAUCAAAGUCCAGCUGGGAUCCCCAGACACGUUUGCUAAAAUCAAGUAUUCUGUGCUUGAGAAACAGCAUUUGGCCUGGACCUGAAUCUAUGGAGCAAUCAGUAAACUAUGUUGAGCGUCACUGGUGUCAACUCAUGGACCACAUAGAUGAUAUCUUAGACGACGGUCCGGUAUCUUAUGAAGAUGGCACACUCAUACUUAACAAUUUCGAUAAAGCUGCUGCAGAUUUCGCGCUUCUGGGGUGUUGGGCUCAACGUUACACCGAAAAGUUUCAAAGGAAGCUCAGCCACUGGUCAGAAUGUAUACAGCAGCCAGCACUACCUCGGCAAGGCUUCGUGCAUUUAGCAGCGGAAUGUCAACUCUGGUUUUGUGUCAAACACCUAUUAGAAAAUGAUCCUUCGUUGGUGUCAAAGUUGGAAGUUCCAUUACUUGCUCAUAUUCUUCUCUCAAUAAAUCCCAUGUUCGUCAACAGGGAAGGACUUGACAAGACUGUGCAAGUCGUGUUGUCUUUUUCCGCAAAUCCCAACGAGGUCUUCCAUGGUUAUUCAAUCUGGCAAUACUGGGUGACUUUUCUUCAUACAGUAUAUAGAAAAGGCUCUCAUCGUUCCCCUAUGUUCGAGACGUGGAGGAAAGUCACGAUUGAAAUGAUUAAGGCUGGGGCAGAUCUCAACAUAGGAUGUGCGGGAGGUAGAACAGUUUGGCUGGACCUGUAUCAAGAGUUGCAGAAGGGAGAUGAGCUUUAUACUUCACGCGUGUCGUAUGAAAACAUUUGGGUAGGAAAACUGGUAAUUCACUCCGACGAAGCAUGGAGACGUCUAGAGUGGGAUUCCCAUAUGCAUCGACUCGAGCGAAAACUGUUCGCGGGCAAAGAGAGCCUGUCAUUCGAAGAGAGGCAUUCUUUGAAAGCAGUGAUCGAAGAUACCUUCAGAGAUGACGACCCAAAGGGCACAGACGAGGUCUUGGAGCUCAUCGAGAGCUUGGAGGCUGAACAGGCUUCUGGGAAGUCUGAAGUUCCAAUCAGAGAGCGGAAGCUGAAAGGUUAG